CGUCACUACGUACGGAAGCGACUUAAAUUUGCGCGGGUUUGCUGUUGUUAUGGUUAGCUGUCAUACCGUUGUUGUGGACCCACAAAACCUUCAAUAAUAAAGGAUUAUUGUGUUGUUUUUAUCGCGUAGGAAACUGAAAUCAUGUCCAAACGGGAGGCGUUUUUAGAGUCCGCCUCUAAAGAAAAUGCGGAGGAUUUCCUUCGCUUCAUUGAGCUUCACAAGGACAAAACUGAGCCCUUUGAUGUGGAGGAGGUGGUGCAGGAGAUGCCCAGAGACCAGAGGGAGACUCUGUGGGGGAGGCUGGGGUCGCUUCUUCAAGACGUCCUACUGGAGUCACCUCCUGAGCGCUGGGAGGAAAACAGGGUGGAGGACAUGCAGGAGGAGCCAGCGGCAGCCGACCCCAAACAUGUCAUGGCUGUUGUGGACGGUGUAACUCUAGUGGCUACAGUGUCUCUAAAGAUUUUACAAGAGGGUGACACCUACCGUGCCCUUCUGGAGGUUACACACAGACUUCAUGAUGUCCUGGUUUCACUGCCAGUGUCAGAGGCCCCUCUGCAGCUCCACAUCCACACGCUCUGUGAGGCCUGGUGGAAGAAGGGGCUGCAGGAGAAGGAAACGUUUGGUCGAACUGCCUUCCACAUCUCUUUGCAGAAGAGCUUCAUUUCCAAGAAGCCAAGCGCUGAGAUCCAAAGAGUGUGGAGCCUCCACGGCGUGCUCUCUACUCUGGACUACACCUCAGAAGACAACAAGCAGAUAAUUGACUUGUUGCUUCAGUGCUUCCACCGUCCUAUUUACAUCAGAAAUGAUGACGGAAAGCGAUUCCUGGUGUUUCUUUUUAGCUGGAACGUCGACUUCAUCUGGGUCAUUCACGGCACCAUCAAAAACCAGCUGGAGUUUUAUAACAAGACCAUGGCUACUCAUAUUGCGGAGAUCUACUUCAGAGCCUGGAAGAAGGCAAGUGGAGAGUCCCUGGAGAAGAUCGAGAGCUCGUGCAUUCAGGAUCUGAUGCAGAGUGCGAUCCUGCUCAACAGAGCGUCUCCUCUUCAUGCCAAAAUCCGACAGAUCAUGAGCUAUUUCCACUCCAGGAAGGGCUGCCAGAGCGUGGACAAGAUGUUGUAUAAUCUCUACAAGCCCAUUCUCUGGAAAGCUCUCAGCGUUCCCAACUUUGAGGUGCGUGCAAAUGCUGCUUUGCUUUUCACUGAGGCCUUCCCAGUCCACGACCCGGACCAGAGCACGGAGAACAUAGACGAGAACAUUCAGAAGCAGCUGGACGCAGUGAUGGGUCUCCUCGAUGACCCUCACCCCACCGUGCGCUGCAACGCUACCCUGGGCGUCUGUAAGAUCCUGGCGAAGUGCUGGGAGCUCCUCCCUCCUACCAUCAUCACAGACUUCCUCAAGAAGCUGGUGACGGAGCUGGCUGUGGACACCAGCUCCCCUGAUGUCCGCUGCUCAGUCUUCAAGUGUCUUACUAUUGUCCUGGACAACGCUCUCAGCCACCCAGUGCUGGAAAAACUCCUGCCCACCGUCAAGUACAGCCUUCACGACAACUCUGAGAAAGUCCGUGCAGCCUUCCUCGACAUGCUCAUCAAGGUCAAAGCAGUUCGUGCUGCUAAGUUCUGGGACGUGUGCAACAUGGACCACUUGUUGACCCGCCUGGCCAUCGACUCGCAUUCGGUCUCCAAGCGCAUCGUCGACCUGCUCUUCAAGUCCUUCUUCCCGGUCAACGAGUCGGAGAAGGAGUGGUGCUGCCGGUGCAUCACCCUCAUCCAGAUGAACCCCAUGGCUGCCAGGAAGUUCUACCAGUACGCACACAACCAUACAGCACCCACUAACAUAAUAAAGCUGAUGUUGGCUAUUCGCCGUGUUCUGAACAGCUGCCUCCAGGUCGACUGUGACCAGAGUGACAUCAAUGACGGCAACAAGGAGAACAGCAUGGCUGAAUCGGUUACACUGGGUAAAGACAUGGCCGUUGUGUCGGGGCUGCUGGAGGUGCUGGUCAUCCUGUGGAAGAGUGUGAGGAAGGCCCUGAAUCAAAACAAAGAGGCCCAGAAGUACACGCUCGCCAAGUUUGGGAACGUCAUAGCCAAGUACUUCCAGGCGUUUGAGGAUGAUCGAGCCGUGGUUCCUCUUAUAGAGCUGGCCACAUUCAUGCCUCCCGCUGCCGUUCCAACAUUCAGCUGUGGAGUCCUGUCCAGACUGAGGAGGAUGGACUCAGGAGCUGUUCCAGCACAAUACUGCCAACUGCUAGACUGCAUCUGCAGCUGGGGCCAGGCUGCCGACAUCCUCGAACUUAUCACGGACUGGCUCAGCGAGUCCCUGCCCAAGCAAGGGGACAAAGCGACCGGCGGUCGAAAAGUCCGCAUUCACGAGACCAUGGACGCCAAACCAGACCUGGCGCUGACUUAUCUGGAGUAUCUUCUCAGCCACGCUUGGACGCGAGAGAAAGUCCUGGCUCUCGGUCAGAACCCACUGAAGCUGCUUCACACGGUUCUAGGAAACUGGAGGUCGGUGCUGUACACGCGCCUCAGCUCCGCCACAGAGGAUCCUAAAUGUCCCAGUGUGGAGACGGCGCUGAAAGCCUUCAUGUUCCACAACCGUCUCGGGGCACAUCUGCAACACAACUUUCCAGAAGGUCGAUACUACCUGAUCUCCCUGGAGCAGGUGGCAGCGUGGAUCUCUGACCGUGUGCUCCCCUUCCUGGCGAAAUGUACCAGUGAUGACAGCGAGGAUUCGGAGAAAUCGCAGCCUCUGGCCGCACAGAUAACUGAGAGCUUCCUGUCAGCGUCCCGAGACGUUUUGCUCGUGGGUUUGGGCGACGAGACGUUCAAGGGUCAAGUCCUCCACCUGUGCUCGCUCAUUCUCGUCUCAGGGACAGGCUACUCUUAUAUCCCUGCCGUGCUGCCGAUUUUGAAGGAGGCUGUUAACAGCUACGCACCUGAGGACAACAACCAGGCUGAAGAGAAUGAGGAGGAUGCGACCACUGUCAUUCUGGCUGUGGUCGCCAACAUUUUCCAGAAGAUUAUAGAGCUCUUGGCUCAACGUCUUAGGAAAGAACCAGAGGAAGGAAAACUGCUGUGUCAGUCAGCCGUUCCUGCUCUGGCAGACUUCCUUCAAGUCGCACAAACCUGGGACAGAGCACCUCUCAGCGGCGUCUUCUCUACUCUGUUCGCUGUCAUCAUCGUGGAGAAGACACAUUUGUUACAUAAGAUAACCCACCCAGAGGAGGUGAUCACCCCAAAGACAGUAGAGGACAUGCCUCCUUUGUCCAGCAUCCUGCUGUCCGUCAUCCUCAAAUCGCCUUCUGUUACCAGAUCUUUUCUGGCAGAAGUCGGCUCCUCUUUGGAGUCGGAGGCCAUCAGCAGUCUCACUGAACUGGCAGCCAUUCUUCACGUCCUGGCGGUCAUCAAGAACUCGGGACAGUCUAAAGCAAGCUUGAAGAAUGCAGCUGUGUCCGUCCAACAGCAGCUUCACAAACACACAGUCGGUUCUGCAGACAGCAGAGAUUUACAGAGGGUUAUUUAUCAGUCGUCCGUGACGACUUUGAGCGACAUCCUGCGAGUCUGAGUUUCCAUAAAAAGAGAAUGAUCCAACUUUCAUAUGACGAAUACCAGUCAGGCAUAACAUUAUGACCGGCUGCCUAAUACUGUCCAGGUGCUUCCAAAACAGUUCUCAGCCUCAUCAGGGAAUGGACACGGGCCUUGUUACUUUAAUGUCGUGGCUGAUCGGUGUAAC